UUUGCGUUACACGUAAGCCACCUGGUCAGUCUGCAGUUGUAACCUGUUUCGUGGCUUAAUUCUAGCUUGACUUUUCAUAUGGAUAGCUCAGUACUGGAUUAGCAUGUAAUAGAUUAUUGUCGUGUUUAGGUUUCAACAUCGUUUUUUCAUGAUAAUGGUAAAACUGCGGCCUUCUGAAGUAAACAUAGCGGGGAAGUGUAACAGAACACGAGGGGAAUGAUGACGACAUUUCCUAAUAAACUUUGGCGUGGAUGACGGGGUAGCUCAUUGAUUCCUACCAUGGUAAAAAAUUGUGAGACUUUUCCAUUACAUGUCUCCCUGGCGGAGCAAUUUCUCGGGAUUUACACCAUCUAGUCUACCUACAUUAUCACAAAAAUAAGCAGACUUGAAACUAUCCACUGUUAGCCUUUACUUCCACAAGGAAACCAACUUUUCGACACAACUGACCAAAUUCGAGAAAUUUUAACGAAUGUUUUCAAUAAUAUUUAGGACGUUUAGGUGCCGACAUGUUCUUGCUUUUUCUCUAAUUAUCCAUAUAGACACAAAUCGGUUGAAGGAGUGUGCCAAACUAUCUCCUCAAUUAUUUUAUUACAUUUAAAGUAUGGCUUUAGAAGAUUUAAUCAGUCCUAUAAUCUCUAAAGAAUGCUUUUAUAAGUUUACAAAAGAAGGAGAUUUAUUUGAUGGUCCAUGUUUUAAAGCAACUAUUAGUAAAUUAUUAGGGUAUGGAAUAGUUAUUGGCUCUUCACUUGUUAAAAUUCCACAAGUGAUAAAAGUUGCAAAAUGUAAAAAUUCAUUUGGUUUGAGUAUACUUUCAAUUUUACUUGAAAUGAUCUCUUUAACAUCUGUAAGCGCUUACUCAUUUGCUAAUGGAUUCCCGUUCAGUGCUUAUGGAGAAGGAGUCUUUUUAGGUAUACAAAAUUUCCUCUUGGCUAUUAUGGCAAUAACUUGGACAUAUUCACAUAUUAAAGCUGUCCUAUUCUCUUGUGCUUAUAUAGCAUGUGUAGCUGUUCUUUUAUCUCCAACACUUCCAUUAUCAAUAUUGAUACUAUUUCAAACAGUUAAUCUUCCAAUUAUGUUAUCAUCUAAGAUUGCUCAAAUAUGGACAAAUUAUUGUAAUGGGAGUACAGGUCAAUUAUCAGCUAUUACAUUGUUCCUAUUUGCUUUAGGUUCAACUGCACGUAUAUUUACAUCAAUUCAAGAAACUGGUGAUAAUCUAAUGAUUCUAUCAUGUAUAUUAGCUAGUCUAUGUAAUUACAUAUUAAUGGGUCAAUUAGUCUAUUAUUGGAAUGUAUCAUCUGUUUCUAAAAUUGACCACCACCACCACCACCACCAACAACAACAAUAUUCAACACGAAAAGUUAAAGUGAAUUAG